UGCAGGCCGUCGACAUCGAAAACCGACAAAAACAUCAAUAAAGUGAGAGAAAUGUUGAUCAAUAACCGCAAAUUAAUGUUUAGAGAGCUGGUAGAGGACUUAAACAUUGCUUGUGGAUCUGUUCAGGACAUUGUGGUUAAUGGUUUAGGUUUGCGCUGUGUUACUGAAAAAUUGGUUCCGAAGGACAUGUAUUUUGAAAAAGAAACUGCGUUGACAUCGCCAAAGACCAUGAUUUCCAAGAUUGAAUCUCACCCAACAUUCAUCAAACGCAUCGUUACUGGAGACGAGACGUGGGUUUAUGAGUACGAGACGCAAUCCAGUUAUCAACCGAGUGAAGGAGAGCUCCGAAUAAGUCAAGACCAAAAAGACCACGUUGUUUUCCACAACAAUUGUGCGAAAUUUAUCUCGUUGAUGAACGCGUGGUAAACAUGUACAAUUCUAAAUAAACAGUGUUUAUACCAAUGCACCCGAUACUUCAU